CUCCAUCUCGGUCCGGCGCCGCGGACGGGAGCUGACGAGGGUCAAUUUCAAUCAUGCAGGUUUUGAGAAACGCAGGAUCGUGGCUCCUGCGGUCUUGGGCUGGACAUGGGAUGACCAGGCUUGUGGUGGUUGCCCCAGCUCAGCCUAUCCACACCGGAGCCCCGAGCUUAGAAGACGCGGCUGCUAAGCAGAAAACUGAAAAGGAAGCGGUUCCGAGCCGCUUCAGCAUUUACCCUCCAGCUCCAGGACAGGAAAGCCCUCUGCGGUGGGCAGGGAUGAGGUUUGAGGAGGUCCCAGUCGCACAUAUUAAAGCAACCCACAACAACACACAGAUCCAGGUAGUGUCUGCUACUAACGUGUCCUUGGCCCGCGCCUCCUGUGGCACAGAAGGCUUUCGCAAUGCCAAGAAGGGCACCGGCAUCGCAGCACAGACAGCAGGCAUCGCAGCGGCCGCAAAAGCCACAGGAAAGGGAGUGACCCACAUCAGAGUUAUAGUGAAAGGCAUGGGGCCAGGACGCUGGUCUGCCAUCAAAGGACUGACCAUGGGGGGUCUGGAAGUAGUCUCAGUCACAGACAACACCCCUGUCCCACACAACGGCUGUCGGCCCCGGAAGGCUCGAAGGCUGUGACGGGAAGGAAGCGUGCACUUGAACCCGACCUAAAGUCUCCACUCCAGAUGGACCCUGCAGAAAGGCCACUGAGGGAGCUGCUGGGGCCGGCAGCGCUCAAGCCUGCGGGAGAACAUUGCUUCCCCUUGCACCUGGAGCAGGAAGUGCUCACCUCUCGGACAUGGGGGAUUGGGAACUGUCAGCACAGCUGCGGCUGUGCUCUCAGAAUAAAAGGCUGUUCUACAUAGUAGCUGUCAGGUUUUGUUCCCAGUGUUAGACUUCUGAAAGAUCGUGAGUGUAAGUGUGACCCCGGCUGGAAGGGCCACAGCGUAAAAUGGGUGCCAUCCACUGCACCCCUUCUUUUCACACUGCCAUAGCCUCUUAGCCAAGGUGUCCAGAUCCUGUCACAGCCACAGUUGGGCAUUUACCCAGGAGAGCGAGAGCUCUUUGCCGUCCUCUGGAGUCUGUUAGAUUUCAGAGGUGGUGGGCAUGCUUGAAGUUAGCCCUAGCAGGGGGGCGGGGGGGAGUUUCUGAAGUUCGGGUUUCCUGGGAGUGUCCGUCCUUUAUACUCGGUCGACUUUGGCAGUCCCCAAACCCAAGGAAGUUAUCUCGAAAGCAGGCUGGUAGAGUUGUAUAAAACAGGAUUUGGCAGAAAGACGUGCGGGUAGUGAGAACUGUGAUGGUAUAGAACCUAGAUGUUUGCAGACAAAUUGGCACAGCUCCAAACCCCCAGGUUCUGAGGGGCUGUCUCCCUACUCCAUUAGCAGAGCCUGUGAGGAGUAUCCUGAGCCCAGUAACUAAAGUCUGCUGGAGGCUGCUUAUGUUAAACCACUGUGGGAGAAGGACCAGCAUCUUAACAAAACACUAUCCAAACUGCAUUAGAAAGAUUUUGGCCUUUAUUUUUAUUUAUUUAUUUAUUUAUUUUGGUUUUUUGAGACAGGGUUUCUCUUUGUAACAGCCCUAGCUAUCCUGGAACUAGCUCUUGGAGACCAGGCCGACCUCUAACUCACUGAGAUCCACCUGCCUCUGCCUCCCAAGUGCUUGAAUUAAAAGGCAGGCACCACAACCACCUGGCUUUUUGGCCUCUUAGAGAAUCAUACUAUAUAGCUCAGGCUAACCUUCUGAGUGCUCGAUUUACAGCAUCACCACACCUGACGUAACGUGUGUGUGUGUGUGUGUGUGUGUGUGUAUCUAUACAUAUAUGUAUAUGUGCACACACAUAUAUGCUGGGUAAGAGAAAGUGAACUGCAGCAAUUUUUUAUUGAUGACAAUAAAA